UGGGCGCUGUGUGUGCAGCAGGCCUGGGCGCAGUGCCGCAGGGUGACCCUGCCUGCAGGUUGUGUGCUCACUCUUCUCGACGUCCUUGGGGCUGCCUGAGCAGAGCCUUUGAGGAACUGGCUGCUUCCUGCUCUGUUUUAUGGCUUCUGACCACAUGGCAGUGUCGUCGAACUUCCUCCGGGUGGCAUGGAUGCCACGCAGGUGUGGCCGCUCUGCAGCAGAAGCACCCGCCACAAAGGCAGAUGACUCCGCCCUCCAGUGGUUGCUGCUGCUCAUCCCUGUGACUGCCUUUGGCCUGGGGACAUGGCAGGUCCAGCGCCGGAAAUGGAAGCUGAGGCUGAUUGCAGAGCUGGAGUCCAGAGUCAUGGCUGAGCCCAUCCCUCUGCCGGCUGACCCCGUGGAGCUGAAGAAUCUGGAGUACCGGCCAGUGACGGUUAGGGGGCACUUCGACCACUCCAAGGAGCUGCACAUGAUGCCCCGGACCAUGGUGGACCCGGCCCGGGAAGCCCGGGAGGCCGGCCGUAUCUCCUCGUCCACCGAGAGUGGGGCCUUCGUGGUCACCCCCUUCCACUGCACUGACCUGGGAGUCACCAUCCUGGUAAACAGAGGAUUUGUUCCCAGAAACAAGGUGAAGCCCGAGGCCCGGCAGAAAGGCCAGGUUGAGGGAGAAGUGGACCUAACUGGAGUGGUGAGGUUGACAGAGACCAGGAAGCCCUUUGUUCCUGAGAACAACCCAGAAAGGAACCACUGGCAUUACCGGGACUUGGAGGCCAUGGCCAGGACCACAGGCGCAGACCCCAUUUUCAUUGAUGCCGACUUCAAGAGCACUGUCCCUGGAGGACCCAUUGGAGGGCAGACCAGAGUCACCCUACGGAACGAGCACAUGCAGUACAUCAUUACCUGGUAUGGGCUGUGUGCAGCCACAUCGUACAUGUGGCUUAAGAAGUUCCUACGCUGGACACCUGGCAUGUGACCGGGCCAACUGCCACACACAGCCUUGCCCUAUUUAAAUAAAAGCUCCAAGCUCUUGGGGGAUCUCC